AUAUGCCUGGACCAAUGUCUCUAACUGCCGAGGAGGUAGCUCAAAUGCUGUCACGCUCUAAUGAUAACAUGGCUCCUAACAUCAUCGCUUGCUGCUCAAUUUCCCUGUCUGUCGCUAUUGUAUCCGUUGGUCUGCGACUCUGGUCACGAAGAGUGCUCAAUGGUAGAUUCCAUCUCGACGUGAGCGACUGGCUCGCCAUGACGGCUUUGUUCUUACACGUAGUUUAUGUAACUAGUGUCAUCAUGACAACUCGCCACGGCUUAGGACGACAUAUGAUAUUUGCACACCCGCGCCUCAUGAGCAUCUAUACCAUAAUCUCCGAAAAUUUAUACGCUUCAAUAUUAGCUCAUCUGAAGUAUAGUGUGUUAUUUAUAUUGGCUACUAACCUCCAAUGUAUUCCUAUCUCGGCCAUGUGGGAUCCAACAAUACAUGAUACAAGCACCUGUAUUAACUACGGUGUCGAGGCGCUAGUAGCAUAUAUUAUUAAUAUUGUUACCGACUUAACAAUUAUCGGCAUGCCCAUUCCUCUAAUUAUAAGACUCAAUACAUCAAAAUCGCAGAAGUGCAGGUUGAUUAUUGUUUUUGCUUUCUGGGACUACGUGCUAUUGGCCAUACUUGCCUUGAUAGAGAUCAUGGUCGGCUUCCUUGCCACGUCAAUUGCAACAUAUCGACCUCUCUACCAUCUUAUCACUAAGGGGUCAACCACCGAAUACAUUGGAGAUAGCCAUUCAACCGACAGGGUGACGGACGGCCGAGAACGGCCAACUCAAAGGGCCCAACUAAGCACAGAUAUUCGAGGAGGUGUCGAGUCGAGGCUAAACAGCUCUAUAGAGCCCCCUCCACAAGGGAUUUGUGUAACCAUAGAUGUCGAGUUGACGGUGCAGGACAGCGUGCAAGGUCCUUGGGUAAGAACUUACGAUAGAGUAGAGCCUCUUGAUAGGGGUCAUAUUGGAUAA